GAUCCGCUUGGAAGUUCCUCACUUCCUGCCCCGUUCAGUUAUCUUAUAUUUCCUUCCUAGUUUACAGUUUAGAGAGUAUAGAAUGAUGUCUUUGGAUUGCCCUUCACAGUCUACCUUCGAUGCUAACGAAACCAACGAGGGACCAAGGAAGUUGCUUCAAAUGGCGAUAUGAUCAACAACUACUCAUUCUCUCCACUAUCAAGAUCCUCAAGCAAACCAGACUUGGUGGUAAUCAAGGAGUCCAAAGACAAUGUCCAUCGCCAGGGUUCUCUCUCCCGUCAAUUCUCCCUUAACAAUGGUGCGACUUGUCGAACAUGCCCAAACAACAAGGUGUAGAUCGAUACAAAGGUAGCUUAGGAGACAAAAACAAAGGAGGCAGUCACUGCCAUGAUCAUUUUCACUUCUCAAUCUACAAAUGGGCCAGCCAAGGAGCUCCUCCCAUGUCCAUGCCUCUCAGAUCAGAAAACGGUUCGAAUGACAAGUUGUUAUUCACUUCAUCAACAAGUGAAGCUUCUGCUGAGCUCGAGACCGAGUAAACACAACUUAAACCAGAGUUGAAACCCUUACGGUCUAUGCUCUUGGACAGUGAUUCUGAACAAGGAAUUCGGGAGGUAGGUAGUGAGGAGUUGUUGAGAGAGAGCAAAGUGAAGAGUAGUAGUAGCAAGAAUGCAUCUUCUGAAGCAGUUGAUGUCAGCCAGGGGAAAGUGGAAGUGCAAAAGGGUGAUAGUAGGUUGGAGGUAAUACGUGGAAGGAGCAGUAAAGCAAAGGGGAAGAAGGUGAAGGAUUUUGUGAAGAUUUUUAACCAGGAGGUGAAGAAACCUGAUGCGAUGAAGGGUAAACCCCAGAAGAAGCCUGAGAAAAAAAAAAGAGAGGAUAGAUUCCAGGACAGUGGAUAAUGGUGGAAGCUUUACAACAACUAGGAGUAACGAAGAGGAACUCAACUUGGCUCCUGAAAACUACAGGGGAAUUCAUUUGGAGGAAGCAUCAUACAAUGUCCAGGUCAGAGAAUUACCUGACCAGAUGGAGGAAUAUGAACCCCUACCAACUACUGGCACUCUGGCAGUAGCUCUGAAGAACUCCAGGUGAACGAUGCCAAGAUAAGAAAAUGGUGCCAGGGGAAGGAAGGAAACAUACGAUCACUGCUCUCAACUCUGCAAUGUGUUCUUUGGCCAGGAAGUGGGUGGAAGCCGGUGCCUUUGAUGGACAAUAUAGAGGGGAAUGCAGUGAAACGAUCAUACCAGAGAGCCUUACUCUGUCUCCACCCAGAUAAGCUUCAACAGAAAGGUGCCACUCCAGAACAGAAGUACAUUGCUGAGAAGGUUUUCGAUGUUUUGCAGGAAGCUGAUACGGGAUAGAUUUGGAUAGCUCCCUUUUCUUGGCGGGAGUAGACCAGUUUCUCCUUUCUUGGCGAGAAUGACCAGGG